AUGUUUUCGAGAUCGGCAUUCUUUUUCACAAGAAAUAGCUUUAUAUUGAGUUCUUUAGCUAGGCAUCCUGGCUGCAGACCUUUGUUAUCUGCCAAACAUGGGCCAUCUUCUAGUCUUGUAAAGAAUUUCUUUGGCAUUUUCAACCAUCUCAAGUCAAAGAGGCUGUAUUCCGUUUUGGCGACAGCAGCAGCAGCAGAAGCCAAACAAGCUAUGCUUCAAAAAGCACCCUUGAAAGGCGCCAAGACGGGGACGGGCCCAGGCACAGGUACAGGUACAGGUACAGGUACAGGGAAACCAUUUACCGUUCCUUCGAAAUCUGUUGGUUACUGGCUUGUAGGAACAUCAACGUUGAUUUUUGGUAUUGUUGUUUUGGGGGGCCUCACUAGGUUAACCGAGUCCGGAUUGUCAAUUACUGAAUGGAAACCGGUAACCGGUGCAUUACCACCAAGGAAUGAGCAAGACUGGGCUCAAGAGUUUGCUAAAUACAAGGAUUCUCCUGAGUUUAAACAAUUAAAUUCCCAUUUAACGUUGGAGGAUUUCAAAUUCAUUUAUUAUAUGGAAUGGAGCCACAGAUUGGUCGGAAGAGGUAUUGGUUUGUUUUUCAUCUUGCCUGCAGUGGUAUUUUGGGCUAGAAAUAGAUUUACAGCUAGAUUAACUAAAAGAGUCAUUGGGUUAACAGGAUUACUCGGCCUUCAAGGUGCUAUUGGAUGGUGGAUGGUGAAAUCCGGAUUAGACGAAGAGCAACUAGCCGAAAGAAAGUCAAAACCAACAGUAUCCCAAUACAGAUUAACUACGCAUUUGGGUGCCGCUUUCUUGAUGUACCUCGGAGUUUUGUACACUGCUUUUGAGAUUUUCAAUGAAAAUAAAUUUAUUAAAUUGGUCAAAACAGGUAAAAGUGAAAUGGCAGAAACCAUUUUAGCUCAGUUAAAUAGUCCCGCUUUGAAAAAAACAAAGGUAAUAGCAACUGGUCUUUUGGUAUUGACAUUUAUCACUGCUAUGUCUGGAGGAAUGGUUGCUGGAUUAGACGCAGGCUUGAUAUAUAACACCUUCCCACAUAUGGGAGACAAUUGGAUGCCUCAUCCAAACGAAUUGAUGUCACCCAUUUUUGCAAGAAAGGAAGAUAAAUCAGAUUUAUGGUGGAGAAACUGCCUUGAAAAUCCAACAACUGUGCAAUUGAUUCAUCGUAUAUUCGCAACUACAACUUUCUUGGCAGUAUUUGCAGGCCAUAUGUAUGCUAACAGAAAUGCAUCAAUUAUCCCAAGACCCGCCAAUAACAUGAUGAAGGCCAUGAUGGGUGUUGUCACAUUACAAUUUGCUUUAGGUAUAACUACGUUGAUCUAUCUCGUUCCAAUUCCAUUGGCUGCUGCACAUCAAGCAGGUGCAUUGGCUCUAUUAACCGCAUGUUUGGCAUUUGUUGCAAGAUUGAAAAAGCCUAGACCUGAACUCGUAAGCUAUAUCAACAACCUCAUGAAACAACAAUUGAAAAAGUCUAAUCCUGUAAAUAAAUAA